AUGCCACGGCCAAAAAGACCAGGCGCACCGGAACCCAAACGACGGAGUCGGAAUGGAUGUUGGCCUUGUAAAAAUCGCAAAAUCAAGUGCGGAGAAGAACACCCAGCUUGUGUGAACUGCCAACGGACAGGGGAGACAUGUGACUACAGCAUACGGUUGAAUUGGGACGGGCGAAGAGGUAAACAAACUGAUGCCAGUAUCGUUGGCUUCGGCCACGAUACGGUAUCUCCCACGGUUCCAGCCAAAGGCUUCAAGCUCGUCCAUCAGUACCCGUCAGUGGAUACCCCUGGCGCUCGUAGACUCGAGCCUCUAACGGGCUCUUCCAGCCAACCAAAAUCUGACAUUCGUAACCCGCGCUCACAGGCGGGCGUCAGCUUUGUUGAUACCACACCAUCUUUCACACGUGACUCGGAGCGAUAUCCAAGUAAACGGGUGAAGCUGACCGAUACGGCUUCCACUGAUUACUCCAAGAGGCGGACUUACUCCUCUCACAGCUCGGUCCUGGAGGUAACUUCCGCGACGCUGAGAUUGGCUGGGAGUUCAGGUGGCUCAACUGCCUCGCCACUCACACCCGCCACGUCAUCAACUUAUAGCGAUGAUAGCCAACCACAAGUUAAUCGUACUGAGCACCCAGAAGUUGCUACAUAUUCCUCUUCAAGAAGGCUUUCAGUAAACUCAUUGUUGGCCGGACCUGCUAACCUUCGAGCGCUCUACAACGACAGCUCUGGCCAUGCCAAGGGCAUUCCCCCACCCUUAGAUACUCAGCAGGCCACAGGCGAGCCUACAUUCUAUGGAAUUGACCGAGGUUUUCAGGAUUAUGACUUGGGGAAGAAUGAUGACAUGAAUGCGAUUGGUGGAUCCUCACCUUUACUGCAAAGAGAGUCCCUCGAUACUCCACUUGAAGAACCAGCAGACUACAAUUGGGUCGAAUUCGGGUUUGGUGUUGAUGCUAAUGAUGCUGAAGAAGUUGAUGGCGGAUAUUAUGCGAAACCAGUGUCAAUUUUCAUUCCUCAUAACCUAGAGCCUCUUCCAGAUAGGCUUGUCGAAAACCCCAUGAAUCUCCUUUACUUCCAUCAUUUCAUUAAUAACACAGCUCGAGCGCUUGUACCAUACGAUGACCCUCACGCCAAUCCAUUUCGUACAAUUCUCCCUCAAAUGGCCGUGAAGAAUGAUAGCUUGCUAGCCUUGUUGCUUGCCUACUCUGCUUCCCAUAGGGCACGUGUCUUGAACCAUCCUGAGCCAAGCUUGAGAAUUGCGUUUUGGGUUGAUGACAUUUUUCCUGCUCUUCGCGAGGCCCUUGACGACCCUGUCCGUAACUUUUCGAAUGCGAAUCUUGCUACCGCUAUAAUGCUUACAUCUCUCGAAAUUGUCUCACCGAAGAUCUUUGGUUAUGACAUCCCCUGGCAGAGACACCUUGGGCUGGCACGGGAAGUCAUUAUGGUUCGACCAGGCGGCUUACGCGGAGUCCAGUCCAAUUUCCGGCAGGAUCCGGUUUGCUCUUUUCUGUUUAGCUGGGCUGCGUAUCUGGAUGUGAUUGGAAGUCUCACUGGCGGACCAAAAGAUGUUUCAUCAUCGUGGAUCUUUGCCUACGAGUUAGACGACAUCAAUGACGGGUAUGAUGAGAUUGAUUGCAUUAUGGGAUUCACGACACGGUGCUGCUAUCUCCUCGCGAACAUCGCGGACCUUGCACGAAAGUGCGACGCUGAGCGCAUCGACGAGGACUCAAAUGUGCGCGAGAACUGGGCGCCGAGCCCUCGAGUAGCGGAGCGAGCGGCGAUACUCAAGAGGAAAGUGGAGGAAAGUAUGAAGCAAGAACCAGUGCCUUGCAAGCACAUACAUAAGGCGGGAGACGUUGAGAAGUGGGACAAGAAGGAGAUGGCGGCCACUAACUCGGCAUAUCACUGGGCUGCGCUUGUCCACCUAUAUCGGCGUAUCCUAGGACGACCAUCUGAAGAUAUUGACAUCCAGAGGGCCGUGAAGAAUAUCAUUGCUGCUCUUAACACUAUCCCCCCCGGUGGGACAGCUGAAUCCUGCCUGCUGUUCCCGAUGUUCACAGCUGGUUGCGAUACACAGAGCGAAGACCAUAAGACAUUAAUUCUAGAUCGUUUCAUGACGGCAGAAAAGCAUGGCAUGACACAGGUACAUAAUGCUCGUCGAAUAAUGCAAAAGGUGUGGGAAACUAAAAAGCCAUGGGAGACUUUGGUGAGCACCGAGUUUAUUGGAUGA